CCCGCGGGCACGUUCAGAACACUUUCCGCUCUGAGACCGGAGGAAUCACACCAGCUAUAGGACGACCAAAUGCCAUUCUUACCCUUCUCUAUUAUCCAUAGUUUGAGGAGAGAGUUGGAUGGUACAGACGCCGAAAUUCUGACCUGGGGAUGUGAAGGCUAUAAUGACUGCAUAGAGCAAUGGAGUGAAACAUGCAAUACACUUGUGGGCGCGAUGGUCCGGGUCACAUCAGCCGAUGAAGCAGCCAUAGUCGUCCGUUUUGCCACACGCCAUGACGUUCCUUUCGCAGUCAAAGGAGGAGGUUAUUCUACCAGCGGCGCAUCCACAACUCAUGGCGGUAUCGUGUUGGACCUAUCCAGGCUUCGGGAGGUCCAUGUGUAUCCAGACUCCUUGGUUCUCGCUGCCCAAGGUGGGGCGUUGUGGAAAGAUGUAGAUGUUGCAGCCGCACAGUAUAAGCUUGCAGUGGUCGGAAGCACACUUAACCAGAUUGGAGCUGCUGGAGCAACAUUAGGAGGAGGCUAUGGAUGGUUGACCGGCGAGUACGGUCUCGCGAUUGAUAACUUACUUUGGGUGAGGUUGAUCUUGGCCGAUGGCACUACAGUGGUAGCAUCAGAAGAGCAACACCCAGACUUGUUUUGGGCCAUUCGGGGGGCCGGUCAAAGCUUUGGAGUAGCUGUUGAGUUGGGCCUCCGAGCACACAUACAAGAUCACCAUGUAUUUGCUGGUACUCUCCUCUUCACCCCGGACAAGUUACCUACGCUUGUCAAUUUCGCCAAUCAGUUCGAGACUAUCACCGACGGUAGGCAGGGUUUCUGGUUUGGUUUCACUAUGCAGCCGUCUAUGACUCAAUGCUCCGUUUUGGUGGUGGUAUUCUAUAAUGGCACUCAGGUUGCCGCACAAAAGUUCUUUUCUCCGAUUUUGUCGCUCGAGUCCUUAAAUAAUGGAACGCAGAUGCUCCCGUACGAUAGCCUCAACAGUGUACUAGACAGGGAGAGUCUUUAUCCUGCCGAUAUGAGUGUGGGUCCUCGAAAGAGCCUUAGAGGUUCAAAUAUCACGCUUCCUCUGGAUGUCGCUUUUGUGCUGUCAAUAUACGAGGCGUUUGAUAGUGUGUUGAGAAACUACCCGCAGACAAGGGAGAGUAGGCUGCUUUUUGAGCUCUUGCCGAAUUCACAACUUGCUAAAGUUCCUAAUGAUGCCACAGCGUAUGCCAGUCGCGGUCAUUACUACAACGUCAGCACCCUCUUUGAAUGGAAUGAAGCACAUCUUGAUGACAAGAUCCGCUCGCUACAGAAGAAUCUGAUGGACCGGAUUGGAGUACUCGCGGGGAUUGAAAGGCAGCCGAAUUACAACAUGUCCGAACAUGGAACCGGGUUAUAUGCGAAUUAUGCUGGUCAUGAUGUGCCGAUCAAGCGAAUAUUUGGAGAGAACCUUCCCCGUCUGCGGGAAUUGAAGAAAAAGUACGACCCACAUAAUACGUUUAGAAAAUGGCACGACCUGAACGCGCUUGUCGAUUCUCCGGAAUGACGCGUCAGAUAUAUUGAUCAGAUGAUU